AUGGCACAGACCAAAGUGUCGAUUGGUCCCAAUGGCAACUAUUUCGCCACAUUCCCUGCUGCUCGUGCAGCCUGGAGCUCGAUACCUCCAAGCCUGGAGAGACUUAUCGAUUUAGAACAGCCAAGCCGUACGCCAACGUUGGUCACAUUAGGGGUUAAAAAGACGUGGUUUGCUCAAUGGCGUGACGGAAAUAGCAGCUGCAAUUUGGAUUCUGAGUAUCAGAGGUUGGAAGAGCUGCUGAGAAGGCAUGGCAAGUUGGGCGUCGAUAAUAUCACCCUCUCACCCAGCCAAUCAAACCAGUUCGCCGUCUCUUUCAGAGACGGCUCCUCUCAUAUUCGCGGGCCAGUCUCCGAAACGAAUCUUCGCCAAUUGAACGCCAUCAUGAUAUCCGCCGCGCAAUUGUCCCAGCAACCACUUACCAUGCAAAUUCAAGUAUGCGGUCUGCACACCUCCUCACCGCCAAUAGAGCUACCCACGCAGCUAUUGAACAUGUCGAAGAUCACAUUUCCAGGUACGCCUGGAGAUAGGAUUGGCAGCGAGUACAAAUCCACUGCCAAGGGAGUGCGAAAGGGAGCGAAGGUCGCAACGUUUGUGGCGAACAAUUCGUCAAAUUGUAUGAUUAUGUGA